AUGAACUGGACAUAUUGGUUAUUAGAUUAUGCUGAGUUUAUACUCGUCUUUAGCCAUGAGGCUGAUCUUUUAAGUCGAUUACUACGUGAUAUAGCAACGUACUAUACUAAAAUCGGCAAAAUAUCGCUUAAACCAGGUUUAUUAGUAGAAGCUCAUCGAGCUCUCACUUAUCUUGACUGGGCACGGACUCUUUUAUUUCGGGCAGACAAAAUCGAUCCGUAUAAAGACUUAAAAACCAUUCGGGAUGUUGAAAAUCUGAUUGGUCAAGCUGAAGAAAUGAUUGACAAGGAGGAGAGUUUUAUAGACGAUUAUAAGUACGUUGAAGAUGAUUUGGAAAGAAGUUUGAAUAACGGUAUUUUCAUUUAUCACUCAAAAGAAUAUCAACAAGAAGCUACUCAGCUUUUGACAAUACUGCACAAUCUGACUAACGAACAAGGAGCACUGCUCGACAACUAUACAACAUUUAUUACGAAAUUUCAAGACGAGAAUUGUGCAGCUAAACACUACUGUCCUAUAAUCAUAGCUUCAAACAAUAUUAAUCUAGCAAAAAUAUUUGCAGAUUUAUCGUCAUUAGCAAGUAUCCACCAGAUUUAUGUUCUUAAAUCAAGUGAAUAUACAGCAGUUAAAGUCAACGAUCGAACUCUUCUAGAACAAUUUCUGAAAGUUCGGAACGUAUAUUCGCAGGCGAAAAUACUUGCUCUGGAAUGGACGGCCGCACGAGCUUCAGUGUGUGAGGAAGUUGGAGAAUUAUGUACUGAAAAUAAUAAUGAUGAUUUGGCUCGUAGAUAUUAUACAAAAGCAAUAGAACUUAAUGAGCGUUUAGCGGCUUUUAUUACGAAGAAGUAG